AUGCUCGCUAAGGCGGCUCGCAUCCUUAAGGCUCUUAUACAAUCAGCUAGCUCGAGAUAUCAAAAACUCAGUCUAGUUGGAAAGGCUUUGAUAUGGUUCCUUCUGUUCUUCUAUGCAUGUCUAGCCGCAUUUAUCAUCGUGGUCACUCCAGCUCGCAUUGCUCAAUUUAUGUAUGACAUCGCUCAAGACAUCCGACGCCUUCCCUAUGGGCACGCGAUUCUUAUCAGUGUCAUGAUUCUCGCUUCCUUCCCCCCUUUCAUUGGACAUGCCACGCUCGUUAACUUGUGCGGUUUCACAUAUGGUUUGCAAGGCUUCUUUCCUGCAGCAAGACUGCAUUCAUGGACGUCCACUAACGAGAAAUGGCAGGCUCUGGAAGCUGUAAUACGGUCAAGAGGCAUGCCCUUGAUCAUCCUCAUCCGCAUCUCCGCAUUUCCGCCAUGGGUUUACUCAAACUCCCUAUUCGCAAGCAUAGCGCCGCGACUUUGUUUCGUCCUCCCAAAGGUCAUGGUUUACGUGUUCGUCGGAUCUCGUAUUGCUAGACUCUCGGAUGGCGAACAGAGGAAUCAUAUGGAUACUCAAACCAAGGUUAUCAAUAGCCUUUUAGUUCUCGGUGGUAUCUUGCUAUCUAUCUUAGCCAGCUCGCUGGUCUAUUAUUUCAUGCAGAAGGAGAUCAAGCGUCUUCAUGCCAGCUCGUCAGAGCGUGAUGAACUCGCUGCAGAGGCACUUGAGGAAGCAGAGGAAGCGCCUUUGUUGAGCUCUCACUCUUUGGCUUAA